AGGAGAAAGUGGCAGCGGAGGAGAAGAAGAGGAAGGAAGUCUUCUCGCUGGGAAACGUUUAUGCAAAAAGAGCGGAGAAGGAAGCGGAGGAGGCCAAGAGGAAGGCAGGAGAAGGUGUGUCGGGAGAGAGGCCGUCGACGGGCGAAAAGAACCCGAAAAUGGCGGGCGGAGAGGAAAAAACGGAGAAUAACUCAAGAAAAGAAAGGGAAAAAAGGUAAGCGGACGGGGGAUUCCCCAGCGGAGACAACGAGGAGAAGGAGAAGAAUGAAAGAGAGGAGAAAACGGGUGAAGAAGGAAAGGAGAAAGAUGCAGCAGAUGUGGAUUAUCUGGCGGAGCUCACCGUAAAAGUUUCCGUGGAAGAUAUAGAGAGCCUGAAUAAGUCUGUGAACUACUGUAUGUGGAGACAUGAAGAGCAACAGCAGCCUGAACCCUCCCUACUUUCAGUUGACUCUGUUUGCAGACUUUGGGCCCCUCAGAUACCUGUUCUUCAUCUUGUGUCUGUUCAUCUAUGUGACUAUAGUCUCUGCUAACAUGGUCAUUAUUCUGGCAGUGUUCCUGCAGAAGUCUCUGCAUCAGCCCAUGUAUAUUUUCAUCAGCUGUCUGUGUGUAAACUCUCUGUAUGGCUCAGCUGGAUUCUUCCCCAGGUUCCUGCAGGACAUCGUCUCUGACUCUCAUUUGGUCUCACGUCCACUAUGCUUUAUUCAGGUGUAUGUUAUUUACACCUAUGCUUCCUAUGAGCUGACCAUCCUCACCGUAAUGGCCUACGAUAGGUUCAUUGCUAUCUGUCAGCCCUUACACUACCACAGUAAAAUGACCUUCAAAUGGGUGCAGGUUCUUGUGCUCGUUGCUGUUUUAUACCCAGUGUUUACGAUGGGCUUCAUUCUCUAUCUUACUGUUAAAUUACCGCUGUGUGGAAACAAACUGAACCGGAUUUUCUGCUCUAACUGGCCUGUGGUGCAGCUCUCCUGUGUGGACACCACUCUGAACAACAUAGCUGGUCAGUGUUUCGUGGUGACGACCAUCUUCAUCCCCAUAUUCUUUGUCCUGUACACAUAUCUACGGAUUCUGCUGGUCUGCAGCAGGAGAUCGUCUGAAUUCAGAGGAAAGGCGUUACAAACCUGCCUGCCUCACAUCAUCUCCUUUAUGACCUACUCCAUCUCUCUCUUCCUCGAGGUGUCUUUGAGUCGAUUAGAGGCUGGUCAACUGAAUCCAAGCAUCACAGUUAUUUUGUCUUUAGCGUAUCUGAUCAUUCCCCCCCUCAAUAACCCCAUCGUGUAUGGCCUGGGUCUGCCUCAAAUCAAAGGAGUCGUGUUGAGAUUUCUGAAGAAGGGUCCUGCUGCUGAAAUAUAAAAGGAAUAUGUUGAC